CGUGACCAGCCAUUUACAGGCGACGAAAGCAGGACAAAAGAACAGGGAAGCAACAUUAUUUGUUUAGAGCUACACAAAGACAUGAGUCAAGAAGGCUCCAGUAUCCCGCUCGGCCUGAGGGAAAGCUGACCUCUCGUAGCCCCCCUCCCCUGCCCGAUCCAAAAUGGAGCCCGCGGCCGCGCACCCCUUCGGCCGCGAGGCCGAGGUGUCGCUGCGGGACCUCUUCGACAACUUCAAGCGGUGCCUGACGUGCGGCGAGUGGGAGCUGGCCGGCGCCUGCGUGCCGCAGCUGGUCGCGUCCGCGGGCGGCGUCUCGGAGAAAGUGCGGGAGAUCAUCAAGGCGACCGUGCGCUAUCCUUAUCGUUUAAAAUGGGAGACUGUGGGCAGUCCUCACAAGCUGGCUUGGUUUUGGCUCCAGGUUUUGGAACAACGGACUGAAGAGCGGUUCUCUCCCAGUGUCAGAAGCGAGCUAGAGUUUCUGCUCCUGCUGGAGCAUCUGUGGUCCGAGGGUAUCGAGGAGGUUCUUCUCAAGCAGGUGCAUGAGGCAUUCACGCAAAGCACAAAGGUUUCGACUUCAACGCGUGCCGCUGUGGAGCGUUGUCUGCGGAUGUUAAUGGAAAAGAAGAGGCCCCGACUCGCACAGUCGCUUGCACAUUUCUUGCAGGUAAAGUCGAGCAUGGAUGACGCGUCCCUGCAACACGUCUUCAUCGUCCACCUGCUGACCGAACUAGAGAAGCCUGAGAUGAGUCCCGAGCGGCGAGACGAAUGGGUGGAGGAGAUCUACUCCGUGUUGGCUGUGAUGCCAUGGAGUCACGGUGGAGGCAGCGGCCAGUUGGAGGCACUGUGCGAGGCGCUGUGGGCGUCCAGAGGCGGGCCCCUGAAAGAGGAGAGGGUGCUGGGGUCGUUGCUCCGGCCGCGCUGCGACGCGCUCGUCUCGGCGUAUUGCUCGGCCGCGCUGAGGCUUCAGCGGGAUCGUCUGCUGAGGAGCGCGCCCGACACGCGAGCGCAUCUGCCCGAGGCGGAGAAGCUGGCCCUCAGUCUGUGUUGCCACGACGAUCGUCCGUCCGCAUGGAAAAUAAUCUACUUUGAGUGCCUCAGCAGUGGAAAGCACUUCCUGGAGCAGGUCUUGGUGACGGCGCUGGACCUGAUCAAACACGAGGAGUUUUCUCAGCUGAGGGACAUGUUGCACUCUGAGUUCCAGCCUCUGUGUCGCCUGCUGCUGCUGCUGGGAUGGACGCAGUGCAGCAGUCUGAGCUCUGCUCAAACGCUGCUCGACAUCCUCCAUCACCAGCAGGUGUCAGCCUGUGACUCAAUCCUGCAGGACUUUGCCAACCUUUUGUCCUCCCAGCUUGAAAUACUAGUGUGGUGUAAAAACAACAACCUAAGUGUUUCCACGGAGGCGCUGCUGGGGCAGCUGCAGAGUCUGGACAGUCACUCGGCUCUCUACAUCCUGCACUCCUUGACUCCGCUAGCUCGCUUUGAAGAGCGCCGCAUUCUAGAUCUGCUCCAGCAAACGGCCAAUUCAGCAGGAAGCGACGCUGAGGCCGUCUUGAGUCCUGCGGCGCAGAAGAGCGUCGUUCUGUUCCGUGGUUUCUGCGCCAUGAAGUACGCCAUCUACGCUCUGUGCGUCAACGCGCACAAGAAUUCAGGAUGCGGCCGGUGUCAAGCCAAGAGACAAAGAGCGGCUUGGGAGGGGACGGACCCCAGCCUCGCCACCACUUCGCCAUCAGAAGAUUUACAGUCGUCGUUUCAGCACUACCUGUCCGAGUGCCAACUGUACUUGGAGGCCGUGCCCGCCGUGUUCCGCCUGGAGCUGCUGGAGAACAUCUUCUCGCUGCUCUUCCUCUCCAGCGCUGACUUUGUGCCACAAAGCCCCAAAGACGGGACCGUAACAAACCCAGCGUCCUCUUCGUCAGAGGCGAUCCAGACUCAGACCGAGGAGGACCGCUCGAGUGCCCGCCCCUCUGACCCGGAUCUGGCCCACCUGGUCCAGGGCUGCAGGGGCUUCCUGGCGGACGUGGUGGCCAUGGAGGGUUUCCUGAAGCUGCUUAAAGAGGGCCUGGAGGGCAUGUGCGUGGUGGGUCAGCAGGAGGGGCAGGAAAUGGGCCGAGCGCUCCCCGGAGAGGCGGAGGUGGCGGAGAGCGUGGGCUGCUCCGUGGCCGCCGGGACCUUCGGCGCCCGCCUGCAGAGGUUGUCUAAACGCACCGCCGAGGCACAGUGGAGGCUGCAGAUCAUCACCAGCAAUCAGGGCAGCGGAAGCGGCAGCGGCGGUGUGGGCAUUUCAUCUUUGGCAUGCCGCAAGAGCUCCAGUUGGCCGAGGAGCAAGAGAAAUGGGAGACACGCUGCCAUCGAGAAGCGAGAUCUGGAACUCGGCGCCAGUGCUUCAGAGGAGGGCGGAGAUUUUGCAGAUGCGGCGUCCGAUUCCCACAGCUGGCUGAUCCCCGCCAUGUUGUCUCCUCCAGAAUCUCUGCUCAUUUCCUGCAUCCGGCACGGAAACUUCAUGGAGGCCCAUCAGGUGUCUCUGGUGUUCGACUUGGAGGCGUCGGCCUCUUGCGGCGAGCUGGCCUUCAUGGAGCGCUACGAGGAAGUCCUGGUGGAGCUGAGCCGGGUGGAACAGAAGAUGGAGAGCCAGUCCAUGUCGUCGUCCUCGUCCUCCUCCGAGGGCUUGGCCUCGGUCUCGGGCUCCUCGGUGGCCGGGGCGGGGCGCAGCCGGCAGGGCAGCAGCGGACGCUCCACCCUCCAGGCCAUCGGAAGCGCCGCGGCCGCAGGUGUGGCGUUCUACUCCAUCUCGGACAUAGCCAAUCGCCUCCUCAGCACGCCGGCCCACCCGCUCACGUCCCUGCAGGAGGGCUACUGGACCAGCCGGUGCCCGUCGGAGCUGUCCGGCCUGGCGGGCGCGCUGCUGGAGGACCUCAGCCCGCCCGCCAUGGCCGCCUUCGACCUGGCGUGCUGCCACUGCCAGCUUUGGAAGACGUCCCGGCAGCUGCUGGACACGGCCGAACGUCGCCUCAGCAGCAGUCUGGAGGCUCGUGGUGUGCGAGCUGACCCCAAGGUUCCCCGUCUGGAAAACAUCUGUGGAUUUCCUCAGGUUUUACAGCAGAUCAGCAAGAUUCUGAAUCAUCCCUUGACCUGUAAAAGCUCAGUCAAGAUGUCGGAGGGUGCCACGGGGGAGGAGCAGGCGCUGGCCAGCCCGUUUGGCCGCUGCAUCCAGGAGGUGCUGUUGUGCUGCCACCCGACGCUGAGUGAGGAGUGCAUCUCCGCCCGACUUGCUCUGAUGCAACGCUUAGAGAGCACCCUGCAUGUCCUCAGCUCUGCCACCACUGUAGCGGAGGGCAUCGCGGGGUCCUCAAGCUCCCUCUUGGCGCUGCUGUCAGAUCAGGCCAGCCUGAAGGCGUCCGAGGCGGACGCCCGACCGGCGCGCUCCGGCAUGAAGCAGCUGCUCCACUCCCUGGACCAGCUGUGCCCCUUCGAGCCCGACGGAGACCAGGCCAGACCCGACUUUGUGCGCACGUUUCUGCACUACGUCGACACGCUGGCUGGCGUGCUGGUGCGCAGCCUCGGAUCAGAAGACCAGACAAGCGAGGUGAAGCUGGGGAAUCCGUUGCUGGUGUUGCAUCAAGCCCCAUCGCAGCUUCUCUCAUACAUGCUGUUUGAGCGACAGGUGUCUCCUGACAGGCUGCUGUCGCUCCUGCGGGAGGCAGGGCUGGGCCUCAGCGUCCAGCAGCUGAUCAUCCAGCAUUGCUGCAAGGUCUUGCUUGUGGGGACCUCGUUCCCAGACCAGGACCAGGACCAGGAUCGAGAUUCUUUUCAGGCUAGGAAAGUCGACAAUGUGUUCGGCGUGUCCGCUUUGACUUCGUCGCUCCAACGGCACGCCGGGGAGCACGCGUCCACAUUCGGCAUUGCCGAGCUUCCGUCAGACUCCAGCUCCGGGUCCAUCUCUUCGGAGGAGACCACCGGCUCCACCUCCUCUGCCAACCUCUCCGCCUCGCCGUCCACUUCCGCCCCAUCGUUUCUGCUCACGCCAUCGGCCUUGGCGUUCCUCAAGUCUCGCUCGCCCCUGACUGCGGCGCUAGUGUGUCUGAGCGCAUCUAAAGGCGAGGGUGCCCGCGCUCAGCCCUCGGGCUGGUCGGGGUACUUCCGCAGUGGCCGCAAGGAGCCGCUGCUAGACGGCGAGCAGAUUUCCCGUGAGGCUGACACCCUCCUCCGGGCCUUCCCCGUGCUCCGGGCGUAUCUGGGCGCCAUGGCUGAACCCGUGCUGGGCCCCUCCUUCUCUGACGACGAGGGGCUCGGCGCACAGGUGUGCGGAAAGCCCCUGGUCGGGCUCUUGUUGGCCGGGCCUCGGGAGGACGCUGCCCGAGGGGUCGCGGCCGACGCCUUCCAGCAGGCGCUGGCCUCCAAGGACGUGGACCGAGCGCUACGGCUGCUGGAGCUGUACGGGCCUGACAACGGCCAGCCGGGAGAGCUGAGGGACCGCCUGCUUGCCUGGGCUGCCUUAGGGGGCGACGAGGAAGGCGUCGGCCACUUGUUCCGGGUGCAGGACGCCAAUCUGCGCGCCCGCGUGGCCCUACGGGCCAUGGAGCGCUGGCCACUCUCGGCCUGCACGGAGCUUCUGGACUUCUGCCUGGAUGACGGCAACGACACGGAGGCCUCGCUCAGAGCCGACCUAUUGCGGAAGAAGAAAGAGCUGGACAUCUACGCCCGGAUGUUAGCCUUACAGCCGCCAUUGCCUUGGGUUACCUGGCAGGAGCUGAGGGCCGAGUCAAAGGUCAGCUCCGAGUACAUGCUGGCCCAGAUGCUGGAGGCCAAGGAGUUUUCACUGUGCGCCCACUGGGCCGAGUUUUAUCCCGUAGGCGAGCAGUCGAGACUGCAGCUGCAGACGGAGCAUCUGCUGUAUCUGCUGGAUAAGGAACGGACCGACGAAGCCUUCCAGCUUCUUGAGGGUCUGGCGUGCGGCCUGGACGUGUGCGAGCGCGCUCUGGACCGCCGGCCCGGCUCGGCCGCCUGCCACUUCCUGGCCGACUACGUGACGCAUCACUUCCAGAGGCAGGUGACCCCGGCGCGCCGACGCCACAUCCACGCCCUCAACCUGGGCUCCAAGGUGUUGCUGGCUCUGCCGCCGGCCGCCCACCGGGACUACUUCCCCCUGCUAUCAGAGCCGCUUCUCAUGCUGGAGCAGAUGCUGAUGAACCUGAAGGUGGACUGGGCCGACGCGACCGUACGCACCCUGAGGAGCCUGCUGGUCGGCAAGGAGGCGGGCUUCGGGCCCGACGCCGUCGACGGGCUCCUGGCCGAGUACGCCCGCAAGGCCUUGGACUUCACAUGCGCGCCCCGAGAGAGGUCAAGAUCCGACUCUGUCAUCAGCCUGCAGGACGCCUUGAUGCAGUGUCCCGCUCAGGAGAGCUGCACCGUAUCGUCGGGUCAUCUCGACUCUCCGACCCCCUCCUCCGCGAGCAGCACGCCCACGCACACGCCCUCGACAAACAGCGGCGACAGAGAGCGGGACCGAGGCUCGGCGGGGAAGAAGAGGUCCUCGCCCGCCAAAUUCCAGCCGCCGGAACAGCCCCCAGACCGCAAAGACUGGGUGCCCGACACCCAGCAGCACGUGUGCAUGGUGUGCCGGCGCGAGAGGUUUACCAUGUUCAACCGGAGGCAUCACUGUCGCCGUUGCGGCCGCCUGGUGUGUCAAGCUUGCUCGGAACGCAAGAUGGCCGUGGAGGGCUGUGCCGGUGAGGACGUCAGAGUGUGUGACCAGUGUUAUGCCUACUUUCACCCAGAUUGUGAUGAGGAGCUGGAAACUAGCGAAGCGACAGAGAGCCCCGCCGCGACGGAAGACGCCCUCGACGGCAUGUUGCACCUGCCUGAGAUUGCCCCCAGGCAGAUCAGGCUUUCCGCGGAUCCCGUGGAAAACCAGCAGUUGCGUAACGAGUUCUACUACGAGCAGGCACCCAGUGCCCACCUGUGCGUGGCCAUCUUGUCCCUCCACGGCGACCAAACGGCGUGCGGCCACCAGCUCAUUGGCCACUGCCGCUCGCUCUCCCGCAAGCUGACCAACCCGGAGGUGGACGCCGGCCUGCUCACGGACAUCAUGCGCCGGCUGCUCUUUAGCGCCAAGCUCAUGUUCGUCAAGGUGGGACGCAACCAGGACCUCGCCUUGUGCGACAGCUACAUCAGCAAAGUGGACGUGCUGAAGAUCCUUGUGGCGGCCAAUUACAAACACAUCCCCUCCCUGGACGACAUCCUCGAGACGAUAGCGGUCACGCGGCUCCGAAACCAGCUCUUGGAAGCGGAGUAUUACCAGCUGGCGGUGGAGGUGUCCACCAAAGGCAGCCUGGACCCCGGCGCCGUGUGGCAAGCGUGGGCCAUGGCCUCGUUGAAGGCCGGCAGUCUGACGGUGGCGCGGGAGAAGUUUGCACGCUGCCUGAAGGCCCCCGUGGACCGCAACCAGAUGAACAUGGGCCCCACGCUGCUGCAGGAGAUUGUCAAGCACCUGGAGACCACCAUCAGACCCGCCACGGCCACGUCUUUGAGCGAGGACAUCUUGGCGUCGCUACAGGAACUGGAAGAGGCCCUCAGCGAGAGGUCGGAGUACCCGAGGGGCGUCCUCCACGAGGAGUGCCUCUACUACCUGAAUGCCUACGGAACUCACCUGGCGCUGGUCAGCUUCCACAUGCGCCACGACGCCAUGGCGGAGGCGCUCUCGUACCUCCUCAACAAGGAUGCCCCGGAGGAGGUGUUCUCGGAGGGCGUGCUGCAGCCAGCCCUGGAGCGAGGGCGUCUGGGGAUGCUCCAGGACGUCCUGGAGAAGCUGGACCCGGGCCUGGAGGCGUGCAGCCGCCACCUGAUCGCCUCCUGCCAGUGGCUGCAGCGGCGCGGCUACUUCCACACCCUCUACCAGAUGCAGCAAUUCAUGAUGGAUCACGUACGUGCGGCCAUGACCUGCAUCCGCUUCUUCACUCACGGAGCCACUUCGUACCAACAGCUGGGCGACCAACAGCGCUGGUUGGUCCGAGCCAAAGAGCACCUGAGGACGUACCUGCAGGAGCAACAGUGUCGCGGGGGGGUGAGGAGGAAGUCGUCCCAAGGGGGCUCCUUCAGGAAGAUGAUGUCGUCGAGCGACGUCUCCAGGCACAUGAACACCAUCGAGCUGCAGCUGGAGGUGACCCGCUUCCUGCACCGUCGCGAGCCGCCGCCCGCCGCCGGGUCUGGACCGCCUCCCACCUUGUUUGGAGGGAGCCCCAUGAAGGUGGAGGUGGCCUGCAAGGUGAUGCUCGGGGGUAAAAACAUCGAGGAAGGGUUCGGCAUCGCGUACCGAGUCAUACAGGACUUCCAGCUGGAGGCGCAGGCUGUGUACGUGCGCGCCGGACAGCGUCUGGUCCGCCACAGGAAGUUCGCUGCGGCGCGCCAGCUGCUCAAAUGCGUCAGCGAGUCGGGCACGGCCACCAAGAGCGACGGCGACGCGUUGGUCCUUAGCUGCGUGGAGGCGGCGGAUAAAGGAGCGGCCGACGCCAAAGAGGUGGAAAGUCUCAUUCUGGAGACCAAGAGCACAGAAAUCAAGAUCAAAGCCUACCUGCUGUGCAACAAGCUGCGUCCGGCCUACUUGCUGGCCGUCAAAAUGGAGGCGAGUAGGGCCGGCCCGCUGGUUCAGAAGGUCCUGCAGGCGGCUGAGGGGGCUCAGGACUCGGUGAUGCAAAACAUCUGCCGCCAGUGGCUGCAGGAACACCAACACCGAGGCAACGGCAAGCAGCGCGCGGCAGCGGGACGACCCAACAACCAGGCCAGGACACAGGUGUCACCAACCCAUGUCCGGAAUUGAACAGGAAGUUGACCAUUCGUGGUCUGAAGCGGCCAUUUAGGGCCUCUCGUACUUUGACGGACUCCCAACUCGAGAAUUCGCCCGAGCGAGCCCCAAUCAGAAGCAAGUAACCUAGAUAGAUGGGUGACGAUAAAUUGCUAUGGCGUCCAAUGUAGGUGAAGCACGGCGGCAACAUUUGACGAUCGCUCUGUAGCGUGCCCUGGGAAGUGAGAAUACAUUAGCUGACAACACAUUGUGCGGGCGUGUCAAACCUAACGGGACAUAUGAAAAAAUCUAAGACCCAUACCCCAAAUUGAAGGUGGCCAUUUUUAUUCGAAGCGGCCAUUUCGGGCGAAUUCCAGGGCUUUCUUGUACUUCAGCAAAUUGCCGACUCAGGGAUUUGCCCCAAUAAGAUAUUGCCAGGCUUUAUUUUUUUCUAAUGGGGGCGGAGCCUGGUGUUGCCGAUCAUUUCUCGGACUCGCUACGAAAAGGGGGUGUUUGCGCGUUUAAUGAACUAAUUAAGAUGCGUGUCCCAUUACUUUUGUCCAUAUGCCGAUGAAGAGUUUGAAAGUGUUUCUGGGACGUAGAAGGGACGCCCUUGGAAAUGAUGCUGUGGAUCAGCUUCACUUCUCAAUAAUGAGCAAAUCAUGUCCGAUUUGUCUCCCGUUGCUUUUUAUGUCUCUCAUGUUGUGAUCGUAUUUAAUGUUUCGCUUGCUGAUACUCACUUUUAAAAUGAACCUUUUUACGACAACUGACUAAACAAUAAUUUCACUUUAAAAGGGAUUCCCCCCAUUGCUGCCUUUUACUCACGUUCGAUGUCAUGAAAAAACACUUUUGAAAUGCAUCCCUGAGACAUACUUGCACUCUCAUCUGCUCACUGCCGCACUUUAUACGCUUGAGUUAUUACAAAUCAUAAAUCCUCUGUGAAUACACUUUCUACAAAUGGCUGGUAAAAUGAUUGCUUCGAUGAUGAUGCAAGCUUGUGAUUUUUUUUCUAAUGUUUUAUGAUUUGCUUGAUAAUUAAGAUGAAUAAUAAAAACAAAAAUAAAUGAU